UCUCUCUCUCUCCUCUGUUCUUUUGUGCUUAUUCUUAUUUUGCAAUUUCAGAAUUUUGGUUGGUUUUUAGAUAAACUGGUUGUGGCGAUAAAAAAAUCUGAAGCUUUAGAGACCCGAAAUUCUCGAUAGUCAGGAAAAUCCCCUUCUCCUUCUUCUCCUCUUCCCCGGCAACAGACGCAAAAGCUUCCCACCGAAUUCGAGCUCGUCCGGAGAAGAAAAUGGAGAUCGACAAAGCGAUCGGAGAAAGCGACGACAAGAGGUUGAAGACGAAGUACAACAACGCCAUUUAUGUCAUUAAACGAGCUCUGGCUCUUUACUCAGUUGAAGAAGUUGCCUUUAGUUUCAAUGGAGGGAAGGACUCAACUGUUUUGCUGCACCUUCUUAGGGCUGGUUAUUUCUUGCAUAAGAAGGAGCAGAGUUGUUCUAAUGGAGGUCUCUUGCAUUUUCCAAUCCGAACCAUAUACUUUGAGAGUCCUUCUGCAUUUCCUGAAAUAAAUGGAUUUACUUAUGAUACAGCUCAAACUUAUAAUCUCCAACUGGAUAUUAUUCGUCAAGAUUUCAAAUCAGGGUUGGAAGCAUUGCUAAAGGCUAGCCCUAUCAGAGCAAUUUUUCUUGGUGUCCGAAUUGGUGAUCCUACCGCGGUUGGCCAGGAGCAAUUCUCUCCUAGUUCCCCUGGAUGGCCCCCCUUCAUGAGGGUGAAUCCUAUCUUGGAUUGGUCAUAUAGAGACGUCUGGGCGUUUAUUUUAACUUGCAAGGUCAAGUACUGCAACCUUUAUGACCAGGGAUACACAUCGAUCGGGAGCAUUCAUGAUACGGUUCCCAAUGCAUUGUUGCGUGUUAAUGACUCGAACAGUAAAGACAAGUUUAAACCUGCUUACUUGCUCUCGGAUGGGAGGUUAGAGAGGGCAGGGAGAGUCAAGAAAGUUUCUUCAGGUCGUGAGAAUUUUCCUUCGGUUGGCAAUGAUCUAGAUAAUGAAUCAUAUAAACAUAAGGUGCUAUCAGCCGCCAUUAUUGCUGUUGGUGAUGAGAUUCUGUCUGGCACUGUUGAGGAUCAGUUGGGACUAUCUUUGUGUAAAAAACUGAACUCUGUGGGUUGGUCUGUGCAUCAAACUUCUGUUCUUCGGAAUGUUAUAGAUUCUGUAGCUGAGGAAGUUGAACGCCAAACGUCUACCAAUGAUAUGGUAUUUAUAUAUGGAGGAGUCGGCCCACUUCAUUCAGAUGUUACUUUGGCUGGCGUUGCCAAGGCAUUUGGGGUUCGGCUGGCACCCGAUGAGGAGUUUGAGGAAUACCUUAGGCAUCUUAUCGGCGAGCAUUGCACAGGUGACAGAAAUGAGAUGGCUCAGUUGCCUGAAGGAAUUACUGAACUAUUGCAUCAUGAGAAGCUUUCGGUUCCAUUGAUAAAGUGUUGCAACGUGAUCGUUCUUACUGCUACAAAUACUUGCGAGCUGGACAGAGAGUGGGAAUGUCUGACCGAACUAACGAAACUGGGCGGUGUCUUGGCACUUAUGGAUCCAUAUGCAUCAAGACGUGUAAUGACGAGUUUAACAGAUGUUGAAGUUGCAGGACCUCUCUCCAAGCUUUGUCUCGAAUUCCCGGACAUCUAUAUCGGUUGCUAUCGAAAAUCCAGGAAAGGGCCCAUUGUUAUCUGCUUCAAGGGCGAGGACAAAGCACGGACCGACUCUGCGGUAGAAGCAUUACGCGAGAAAUUCAAGGAGGGCGUGUUUGAUGAAAUCGAAUAGGGAAAAGGGUAUUUGACCAUGAUUUCGGAAUUUCAUUCACGCCCAUGAAGCUUCAGAGUACGGCCGAGGAGAAUCAUAGGCGGAUUCAGUGGGUCAGUCACUGUAUUCAGUACUGAUAUGAUGAUGAAAUGGAAGGAAGAAACUGGAGAGAACAUUUACCAGAGAAUGAGAGGGGCAAGAGUCCACAUAGGAAAAACUGAAACGAUGUCCCUUGUUUAGGAUCCAUAAGAUGGUAAUGUCUCUGACUCGAGAUUCAAAACCUUCUGUCUGACUCCGAGGCUCUGGAGACAUAUUAACAUCCUUAUUAUUUUUUAUAUUCAGCAA